AUAUAUCUGGCUGAUACUAUGCUCGGUCUUGGGGCAUAUGGGAGCAGUAGCGAAGAUGAAGGCAACGUUCCCCAGCCCUCUCACAAGUCCAAGCAGCAUGAGAAUGAACAUUCUCGACAGAUAAAGGAUCAGGAAAACGAACGCAUCCGACCUUCUAGCAUUCAGUCCACGGAGGACGUGAGCGGCCCCCUUAUGGGUCCCUUUCAGCCGUCUGAGCAGCUAAAUUCGACCGAAGAAGCCUCCAGUUUGUCUCACCAGCCGGUUACGUUGGCUGCUCAGCGUUCCCUCAUGCGAGAUAUGACGCUACCGCCAUACCCGAAUCUUGAUAUUCCGCCAUCACCUCCAGGAUCCCCUCCCCCGGCCUCCAGCCAAAAAUUUACUCAUUUUUUAUCCCUGAAAAAGCAAGACAUCCAUUUCAACGAAAAACUUGCCUCAUCCUCAUCCUUGAAGAAUCCAAGCCUCUUCUCGAGCUUAAGACAACAUGCUGGACUUGAGGAGAUGUCACAGUAUGGAACUUCUCUCGACCACAGUAUAUGGGAUGUCACUUGCCUUCCCCACUGGGGAUAUAAAGAAGAGUUGCAAAGAGCGCAGCAGGAAAUUCGCUCCAAAAUUACCGAGAAAAAGGGAUUGACGCCACGGGCCAGUGUCGACUUCGUCGGGGCAUCUAAAGAGAUGAAUCGGCAUGACAACCCGGCAGGUAGAACGGUGAAAACCAGCGCAGUUGAACGGCUGAUGACUGAUCUGGACAAGGAGAAAUCGGAUGUUCUAGGCCAAGGCCGGCGGUGAGUAGAAUCACCGCCGAGUCGAAUACAUACUCCAGGCGCCCAAUUGUAGGGAAUUCUUACAACGUUGGGGUAUUGUUCAAGGAAGUAAGGGAUAUGGUUAGUACGUGCUGAAACAAUGGCCAAGCGCCAAGGGAGACUCCUACUAUAAUAUGUAUUCUCCCCGGUGUAUGUAAUGGAU